GUGAUUGUUCAGCAAUGUACGUUUAUGUGCGUGUGUUGUUUUAUUGGGUUUUCUUUUUUAAUUGUAAGCCUUAUUAAUAACGCUCAUAAUAUUAAAUUCACUGCUCCUUCAACCUUCCGAGGCUAAAAAUAUUAUUACAAAGUUUACUUAGUCUAUGUAAAAGCUAAAGCAUUAUUUUACUAUGUUUCUUUGAACUAAGUAAUACUUACAAAAAUAGUUGAUGAGAUAUGCACAGCAGUCAGGGUAGAGCGAUUUAAAUUGUAUGUAUAGCACUUGGUCUUGUCGCUUACGUCUUUUGGUUGUAAUUCAAGUUGAAAUAAAAUCGAAGGAGUGAAGUGCUUUAUACACUGCUAGAUUGCUUCGCUGCAUGACCCUAGUGCUUCGCGGAAUAUCUAUUUAUAGAAACAUACGUUCGUUGUUUACAAAAAUUAGAAUAGACCAAGGGAAGCUAUUCACAAAUAUAAUUUUGUUAUUGAAACUGAAAGAUGAGAGUAGUUGACCCUUGACCAUACCACCAAUAUGGCAGCCCCCAUUGGGUUUGGCAACUGGCAACUUGCAAUCGACAAAAUUUUACAAAGCAUAGAACCUACAGAUCAAUUCAAAUUGUUUGCUUCCCUCAGUUCAAAUGAUGACCGUGUUCUAUACCUUCUCAAUAAUAAAACUCUUCGGUCUGUUGAGUGGCUGCCAGUCUACUUUGACUCCUGCAGAAAGUGGCAUGGGAAAUCGACAGAAGUGGCCCAGGUAUGGAGGAAUAAAGGAAACAGACUGUUCCAGCGUAAGAGAUAUCAGGAAGCAGUUGCUGCCUACACACAGUGCCACCUGAGUGCUCCUGUCCAGGAUGGAGGUGACUAUGUGAUCAGUCUGGGCAACAGAUCGGCUGCUCUCUUUCACAUGGAGAAGUACCAGGAGUGCUUAACAGACGUCACCAGGGCUUUGGCAUCUGGAUUUCCCAAGGAGUCACGUCACAAGCUUUUGUCCAGGCGAGUUCAGGCACAGAUCAGACUGGGCCAGAAAGUGAAGGCAGAGUCCAGUUUCCUCAAGUUACAAGACUUUGUGAGUGGUGGAAGUUUCUGUCUUACUGGAGAAAAAAGAGAUGCUUUCUUGAAAGAAAUUGAAUCCAUGGAGAAGGAUAUCAAGAACCUUAACAAUCAGAGUACUUUAAAGGCCUCGUCGCAAGAGCCGCCGAAAGUGUUCAGUGGUGUGAACAGCACCGUGCCUCAGGCAACUGCAGCGGUCACUCUCACAAUCACCCCAGACCAAGGCAGGUUCCUCGUGGCCAACCAGUCUUUCCCCAAGGGGUCCACCCUGAUAGUGGAGCGUCCUUUUGCCGCCGUGUUACUUCCUGAGCACUACGAGAGCCACUGCCACCACUGUUUUACUGCGCUGCCUUCAAAUCCUGUGGGAUGCUGUCAGUGUAGCGCAGUGAGGUUCUGCAAUGAAAGCUGCCGUGAUGCUGCCUGGUCGCUCUAUCACAAGGUCGAGUGUCCGUUUUUGGACCUGCUACAUUCCGUCGGCGUGGCUCAUCUCAGCUUGCGAAUUGUACUGACUGCCACUCUGCCAUAUUUAAAAGAUUUCCUCAAGAACCCCGCCAGGUACAGAUCGGCCGAUGAGAUUCCCAUCAAGGGAGUGAAUAGAGACGGUGUCUAUGACCGGAGUUAUCUUUCUGUUUUUGAUUUGAUGACCCAUGAGGGCACGACAGCGAGUCAAGACAUGCUCCAGUACUCCCUGACAGCUGCUUUGCUGUUGGUCACUCUAGUCCAGGCUGAGUUUUUUGACGGAGUGCCGGGAAUUUCUGAGUGGGCAGAGGAGAUGAAGACACCCUCGGGGAAGCAGUCGGAAAAGAAUCGUGAAAAUGGUAAACACCCCAACGUCCCAGAAGAGGUGCGUUACAUCGGAGCUGCCUUACUACGCCACAUCCUGCAGUUGGUCUGUAAUGCUCAUGCCAUCACCAGCCUUCAGGCACAGAGCUGCCGUGGAGAGGACGACUGGGGCAGUGGCGGGGAUAUGUCCCACAAUGCAUCUGUUGAAGCCGAUUCCUUGCAGAAUGUGCAACAGGUCCGCAUCGCGACCGCCAUCUACCCUACCGCUAGUCUGAUGAACCAUUCCUGUGAUCCCACCAUCAUUUCCAGCUUCAUGGGUGACGUUUUGAUAGUUCGAAAUAUCAAAGAUGUCAAAAAGGGAGAUGAGAUCUACAACUGUUACGGUCCCCACUAUUGCCGCAUGAGGACAGGGGAGAGACAAGAGGUGCUCAAGUCUCAGUACCACUUUGACUGUCUCUGCGAGGCCUGCGCUCAGGGCGACGUCUCUAGCCAGCGGUUUGGGAUGCUUUGGAGAAACUUCAGCGGUGUCAGAGAGAGCGACGGAGCAUUCUGUACCGAGAUCACAGAGACCUGGCCCUAGGGGAGGAUGCUAUAGCAAAAUGCUACGCCAGUCUAGGUGAGUUCAGUGCCAGUGCUGACCACCUGUUCCUCAGCGUGCAGUUCGCCCAGCUCAUGUACGGAGACGGCAGCGCCGAGUUUGCCCACGAGCUGCAGAAACUGGCCGAGGUUCUGUUCAACGCCGAGCGCUUCGUGGAGUGUCUGGAGGUGUCCACCCAGGCCGUGGGUCUGUUUGAAGGUCUGUACAGCCAGGGGCACGAGGCGGUCAGGCAGACCAGGGAGCUCGCGAUGGCCGCACAGAUGGCACUUAUGCCCGUCAUGGAAGCGACCUGAUGUUGUUUUGUUGAGGCUGUUGUUUUUAUCAUUGUUUUUGAGAUUGAUGAGGAGGUUGCUGUUAUUGUUGUUGUUUUUGAGGUUAAUGAGCUAGCAGUACACAUGAACCUUCACCUUUCUGUCUAAUAAUAUCAAGAAGUAAUCAUUGUCAUAAAGUCUGAGUGCCAAAUCUGAAACAGAUAUUGGCGGUUAUGGAUCUCCAUUCAUUUCUCUUCUCGGAUGUUCUCAAAAACGUGGUGUUUGGCUGUCACUGUCACCCAUUUGUUCGGGUUUUCCAAAUAAGUUUCUCUGGAUCUCAGCGUGCCUCAUUCGCCUUCUCUUUUUUAAUUUUAUUUUCCUGUGAGAAAUAGAGUCUUUGUGAAAGUUUUCUUUAUCUGCUGCGUGUUCCUUGUAAAAUGUGCUCUCAGUGUCUGGUCUGGAGUAGAAAAGAAACCUCUGAUAUCAUGAAAUACAGCGGAGCGGAGUUCGCUUGAACCAAAAUCUGCAGACUACCUGAUUUUCUUCAGUUUAUCUGGGUUUUUGGUUGAGAGAGGUUGCUCAAAUAGGGCAAGAAAAAGUGGAGUAUCUGGAGGUGUCCACCCAGGCCGUGGGUCUGUUUGAAGGUCUGUAGAGCCAGGGGCACGAGGCGGUCAGGGAGCUCACGAUGGCACUUAUGCCCGUUAUGGAAGCCAGCUGAGGUUGUUGUUGUUGUUGCUGUAGUUGUUGUUGCUGAUGUGUUUGGUAUUGAGGUUGAUCAGCCAGAAGUGCACUUGACAUAAGCUUCCGCUUUUCUAAGACCUUCAAGUUGAAUGUGGAAGUUUUCUUAAUCUGCUGUUGUCAUCCCUGUAGAAUGUGCUCUCACACUCUCAGUUGGAUCCGGGGGGGGAGGGGUGGGGGAAACUUUCUGUUUUAAGUGGUGGAAGUGAAAAAGAUGUUUGUUUUUUGCAUGUCAUUUCAUUUACUUUUUUUCCCAUAACUAGUUGAUAUCUCUGAUUGUUACUUCUUUUUUACAUUUUGUUUGAAAAAUAUUAAUAAUACUGUUCUGGAAAGGAUUCUGUAAAGUUUUGGGAAACUCAAUUUUACUUCCUGAUUUUUAACCAUGCUCUUGAAAAAGUUGAAGUUGUCCAAUAUGCAAUUCUUAAGUUUUCACUUACGGUAUUUAGAAGAAUAAAAUAUGCCUAUGUGGUAAAAGACACUGAUUUAGAAUUUUGAGGUGGAGAAAGGAAAACCAGUAAUAGUUAUCUACAUCUACAGUCUAGCGUGCACGUAAUGAAACAAACACAGCGAACUUAUUUUCUGUCCCGAUUUUUUUUCUUACAUGUGUAUUUCUUUAUGUUUUAAGACUGAGACACGUACAUAGCAAAAUAAGAUUUCCAUGUCCCACCAAUUUCACAAUAUAUAGCCUACAUCCUAGACUGUACUGUACUUCUCCGAAUUUCAAUUUGAAUUGGUCGCUUUUAAGGACUAGCGGGCUAACCCAGAUUUCGGGGGUUUCCAGAUAUCUUGACCUACA